AUGCAUUAUUUAGACGUUUUGAUUUUUAAUAAUAAUAAAUUGAUAAUAUAUCAAGCACUUUUUAUUUUAUGAAUCGAUGGAUUCAAAAGAGCGAGCAAUGACAAAUCUGAAUUAACUCAACAUCAAUGAUUGUAUUUUUUGAGAUCUCUGAUGGAAAAAUCGAUUAUUAAGUUUGUUUUGAUUCAUUCUAAGGACCAUCAUAGAAAGUAG